AUGCCGGGAGUUGCAGAAUGCGCGCUGAAAGACAACUGCUUGGUCUAUGCUGACAUCCGUGGCUACCAGGACAAGGAGACACGAACACCUAUGACCGACAAGUCUUUAUUUCGCUGCCACUCCAUGACGAAGCCGAUCACGGCUGUGGCGCUGAUGGCGCUGUGGGAGGAAGGCCAAAUUGGCUUGGACGACCCUGUCCAUAAGUACAUCCCGGCUUUUCGGCACAUGAAGGUUGACAAACGCAAGGGCCUCGAAAACGCGUGUCGCCCGAUCACGAUUCGCCACCUGGUCACUCACACCUCUGGCUUGGGUUAUGGCCCGUCGCGUGAGCGAAAGUGCGAUAAGCUGGAUGAGGGGCCUUACACCCACUUCGUCAAGCGUGUGGAUGCCGGGCAAGUUCGCAACCUGAAACGCUUCUGCGACGAGCUCGCGGCGGUUCCACUUCGAUUCCAUCCGGGUGAAAGGUGGGAAUACUCCAUGGGAAUGGACGUGCUUGGCCGCGUGCUGGAGGUAGUGUCUGGAAUGCCGCUGGAUCGUUUGUUCCGGAAGCGCAUCUUCAAGAGAAUCGGAAUGAAGGACACGGCCUUUUCUGUCAGCGCUUUCCGUGCCCGUCGCCGCUUGACAGCGUACUACGUGACACAGGCACGGUCACGGCACAGAAAGACCAAACUGGCCAACAAGUUCUCUGCAAGACGCGUUGAUGGCCGCCAUGCUCAGUUCAGCGCGUGGGUGCGCGGCCGGUCGCUGAAGGUGCUGUCGGGAGGUGGCAUCUGCGGAUCCUUUGCAGGCGGACUCCUUUCAUCACUUCGAGACCAGGCACUUUUCUGUGCAGCGUUGCUGAACGGAGGUUGGUCCCGCGCUACUGGCCGAAGAGUGCUUCAGCCUGGCUCUGUCAGGCUGCUUUGCCGAGAUUGGCUCAGAAUGAAGUCCGUGGCUGACAAAGACAUUCUGCCUGGAUGGGGCAUGCAUUCCAUGGGGUGGUGUCCCAUCGGCCACUGGCUUCCCGAUCACCACGAGAUGUUCAUGGGUGGCAUCACGACUUCCUGGUCCAUCAACUUCAGCACGAAGAUUGUCCAGGUCACGAUGACCUCCAGCUCCUGCGGUGAUGAUGUGCACGGAUGGGACGACCGCAAGGACGACCUUGACGGCUGCAUCAAGCAUGCGCUCAAGGUCCAUUCCUGUCGCUAG